GAAAAAAUUCUUUUGAAAAUCUCAGCAUGGUGGUGAGAUUGAGGUUGUCUCGGUUUGGAUGCAAAAACAAACCAUUCUACAGAGUAAUGGCUGCUGAUAGCAGAUCUCCCAGAGAUGGCAAACACUUGGAAGUCCUUGGUUACUACAACCCUCUCCCAGGUCAAGAUGGUGGCAAACGGAUGGGUCUUAAUUUUGACAGGUUGAAGUAUUGGUUAUCCGUUGGUGCACAGCCGUCAGAUCCAGUUCAACGUCUUCUUUUCCGAGCAGGCGUAUUACCUCCUCCACCUAUGUUGGCUAUGGGACAAAAAGGCGGUCCACGGGACACUCGACCAGUUGAUCCUAUGACUGGACGCAUCAUGACACCCGAAAGUGCCAAAAAAGCCGAUCCAAAAGCUGGUUCUGAAGUUGACGAAGACAGAGACUAGAAUCUGACUAGUUGUAUCUUAAUACAACUUUAGUUCCAAGGUCUAACUUUUAGUAUGUGAUAAUUGCAGCGCUGACGUUUGUUGCUAUGUAUCGCUGUUUGAAACUUGCAAUCUUUAGAGUGUGUCAUCUUCACAAAGAUGUUCUGAUAUGUCUCAAAAAGAGUUAAAGGAACAAUGUAUCAUCCUCUGCUUUUCCUUCUUGUUAUCUGAUGGUAAUAAGUAUAACUAGAUGACCUAGAA